AUGCUGUUGCCCUCUUGCCCCAUUAUCAGUUUGUUAAAGGUGCAGCUCAUCAAGACUGAGAUGGAGAAUCAGGGGUCAGUGGGAUAUGUUGGAGAGGAGAUCCAGCCGGUUCCCUCUGAGCCUGCAGCUCGAGCCGGGUGGAACAGAAAGAUGGACUAUAUUCUGGCUCAGGUGGGGUUCUGCGUCGGGUUCGGCAACGUCUGGAGGUUUCCAUAUCUGUGCCAUCAAAAUGGAGGAGGGUCUUUCCUCCUCCUCUAUGUGCUGCUCCUGCUGAUUGUGGGGAUCCCCCUGUUCUUCCUGGAGCUGGCCACCGGGCAGGCCAUCCGACAGGGCAGCAUCGGGGUGUGGAAGUUCAUCUCCCCCCGGCUGGCAGGGAUCGGAUACUCCAGCUGUGUGGUGUGUUUCUUCGUGUCUCUCUACUACAAUGUGAUCCUUGCAUGGAGCCUGUUCUACCUCGGGAACUCUUUCCAGUCGUCUCUUCCUUGGGAACACUGUCCAGUAGAGGGGAAUGUGACGGUACCAGAAUGUAAAAAGAGCUCCCCCACAUCGUACUUCUGGUACCGUAAAGCUCUGGAUAUCACCGACUCCAUCGAUGAGACGGGCUCUUUCAACCCGUACAUCGUCGGCUGUCUGCUGGCCGCCUGGACCCUCGUGUGCCUGGGAAUGUUCAAGGGCAUCAAGACCUCUGUCAAGGUGAUGUAUUUCUCCUCCAUCUUCCCCUACGUGGUGCUGUUCUGCUUCCUGGUUCGAGGCCUCAUGCUGGACGGGGCUUUAGAGGGAAUCGGCUUCAUGUUCUACCCAAAGCUGGAGAUCUGGGCCGACGUGCAGGUGUGGCGACAGGCAGCCACUCAAGUCUUCAUUACAUUUAAUCUCGGCCUUGGCUCGAACAUCGCUUACUCCUCCUAUAAUCCCAAAAAAAACAAUUGCCAUCGUGAUGCCUUCACUGUCUCCACGAUUAACUUCCUCACCUCUGUGCUGGCCACUCUGGUUAUGUUCUCUGUGCUCGGCUUCCACGCCAAAAACAAGGCCGUGGCAUGUGUGGUCAGUAAUAUUAAGCAGUUAUCGGAGCAGUUAUCGGAGCAGUUAUCGGAGCAGUUAUCGGAGCAGUUUCGCAGCGGUCCUGUGGAGAUAAACUUGAUGCCAAGCUUCAACUAUUCUGAUCCCAGUGCUGUGGCUCUAGAGGACUACAGGGCCUGGUUCAAACUGCAUGGAAAUCAGUUCCCAGGCAACUUAACAGACUGUGACAUGGAAAAAGAGAUGCAGCAGGGUGUGGAGGGAACAGGCCUGGCUUUCAUCGCCUUCACAGAGGCCAUCUCUAUCCUGCCUGGCAGCCCCUUCUGGUCAGCGCUCUUCUUCCUCAUGCUGCUCAACUUAGGGCUCGGCAGCAUGUUUGGCAUAAUGGAGGGAAUCCUCGCCCCACUCACUGACCGCUUUGAAACACUGGCUCAGAACAAGAUCAAGUUCCGAGUUUUCAUUUGCAUCAUCGGCUUUAUAAUCGGCCUCCUCUUCACCCAGCGCUGUGGAAACUACUUUGUGAUGAUGUUCGAUGAUUACUCUGCCUCUCUGCCCCUCAUCAUUAUUGUGGUUUUUGAGACCUUCAGCGUGUCUUGGCUGUAUGGAGCUGAUAGGUUCCUGGAUGACAUUGAGGGGAUGCUGGGCUGGCGUCCUCAUGUGAUCUAUAAGUACCUGUGGAAAUACGUCUGCCUGCUCGCUAUGCUGGGGCUGCUGGGCGCCACCACCAUCCACAUGUUCAUCCAACGCCCCACCUAUAUGGCAUGGAACCAAGAGAAGGGAUCUGAGGAGUACCUCGAGUACCCGGACUGGGCUCUGGCUGUCAUGGCCUUGCUGAUCAUAUUUGCUGUGAUGCCCGUCCCGAUAGCAUUGAUUCACGCUGUCCUGAUGGACCGGCGGACAAGACAAAGAGCCAGAGAUUCAGCGGCCGGUCAGUACAGCAUUGUUAGCACCGGCAACAAUUGUGGAAGUCUGAUGACUGACAUGUCAGACCUGGACCAAAAAAAAAAGACUGCUGCUUCUGUUUCCUCAACACUGGACCUGAAGUUACACAAAUGAAUUGCAGAGAGAAGCAUAGAUAUAUAUAUAAACACUAGAUGACUCGCCCGCGCUGCUGGCCAAUGGAGACCGAAGUUGCCACAUGGCGGCCAUCUUGCCACAGGCAGCUCAUUCAUAACAUUAUGUCGAUGGUGCACUAUUGAAAUAACCAUAGCUUGCUCAAUUAUCAACCAAUUUUCAAACGGUUUGGUUUGUUAUAAACAUCAAAUAUGUAGUUAUGAUGCUGCAUACUUAUAAUUAUAAUCAUGGACUUUUCUUUUUCAACAUGUCUUGUUGUCUCCUGUAUCAUAGCCAUGCUAAUAACGUUUAUAAUAAACCAAACCGUUUGUAAAUCAGUCAAGAUUUCAGCGAGUUAAGAGUAUUUCUGUGCAGAUCACUCACCUUACAACAGCUGUAGCAGUAGUUGUUGACUGUGGCAAGAUGGCCACCGGUGAGCUACGCUGGCGAUUCCCCCUUGAGCCAUCUAGCCUUUAUAUAUAUCUAUGGAGAGAAGUACAACGUUCAGUGGACCAUUUUGAAGUACAUUUGAAUAAGCUCACAGGUUCUUAUUCCCACAAUAUUUGAUUC